AUGGCGGGCGGCGAUCAGAAGAUGCAGAAGAGCUACUUCGACGUGCUGGGGCUGUGCUGCUCGUCGGAGGUUCCACUGAUCGAGAACAUCCUCAAAUCCCUCGAAGGAAUCAAGGAUGUCUCCGUCGUUGUCCCCACCAGGACCGUCAUCGUUGUCCAUGACAGCCUGCUCGUUUCCCAGCUCCAGAUUGUUAAGGCGUUGAACUCGGCCAGAUUGGAAGCGAACGUGAGAUUGGACGGUGCCGCCGGCGGCGGGAGUUACAGAAAGAAAUGGCCGAGUCCGUACGCGAUGGGGAGCGGGGUCUUGCUGUUGAUCUCGCUGCUAAAGUUUGUGUUCCCGCCGAUGAAGUGGGUCGCCGUCGCUGCCGUCGCCGUCGGGAUCCGGCCCAUCUUGCUCAAAGUCAUCGCAUCGAUCAAGAACUUGAGGCACGACGUCAACGUUCUUGUCCUCAUCGCCGUGGUAUCAACGAUGGCCCUGCAAGACUACACGGAAGCAGCCACCGUUGUUUUCCUUUUCACCAUUGCCGACUGGCUCGAGUCUAGAGCAAGCCAUAAAGCCAAAGCAGUGAUGACUUCCUUGAUGAGCAUUGCACCUCAGAAGGCCACGAUAGCCGAGACAGGAGAGGAAGUUGAUGUCGAUGAGGUGAAAGUGAACACGGUCGUGGCUGUCAAGGCUGGCCAGGCAAUCCCCAUCGACGGAAUGGUGGUGGAUGGGCAGUGUGAGGUCGACGAGAAGUCGCUGACUGGAGAGUCGUUUCCGGUUCCUAAGCAGAAGGAUUCGACCGUCUGGGCUGGGACCAUUAACCUCAGUGGCUACAUCAGUGUGAAAACGACAGCCCUGGCUGAAGACUGUGUGGUGGCCAAGAUGGCUAAGCUCGUUGAAGAAGCUCAGAACAGCAAGUCCAAGACGCAGAGGUUCAUUGACCAAUGUGCUCAGUACUAUACUCCAGCAAUCAUACUGAUAUCAGCAAGUGUCGCUGUAAUUCCUCUGGCUUUGAGGGUUCACAACAAGGACUACUGGUUUCAUUUAGCACUUGUGGUGCUAGUGAGCGCAUGUCCAUGUUCUCUGCUCCUCUCCACACCAGUCGCAACAUUCUGUGCACUCACAAAGGCUGCAACUGCUGGUCUCCUCAUCAAAGGCGGUGAUUACCUCGAAACCCUCGCGAAGAUUAAGGUUCUUGCAUUCGAUAAGACAGGUACCAUCACGAGGGGGGACUUUGUUGUUUCAGAUUUCAGGUCUUUGAGUGGUGAUUUCAGCAUGGAGAAGUUGGUUUACUGGGUGUCGAGCAUCGAGAGCAAGUCCGGUCAUCCAAUGGCAGCUGCACUGGUUGAAUAUGGCAGGUUGAUUUCGGUAGAGCCCAGGCCUGAAAAUGUGGAGGAAUAUGAGAACAUUCCCGGUGAAGGCAUUCACGGAAAAAUUGAUGGUAGAGAAAUCUAUGUAGGAAAUAAGAAGAUUGCUGCCAGAGCUGGUUCAACAACUGUUCCAGCAGUUGACGAUGGUACGAAGGGAGGAAUGACAAUCGGAUAUGUCUACUGUGAAGGAACCCUCAUUGGCACGUUCAAUCUCUCUGACAGCUGUAGGACCGGGGUGAAAGAAGCUGUCAACGAGCUCAAGUCAAUGGGGAUAAGGACUGCUAUGCUUACAGGAGAUAGUCAAGGAGCAGCCAUGCAUGCUCAGCAACAGCUAGAGAAUGCUCUUGAUGAAGUCCAUGCAGAGCUUUUACCUGAAGACAAGGCAAGGAUAAUUGGAGACUUCAAGAGCAAGCGAGGGCCCACAGCAAUGGUGGGAGAUGGUGUGAAUGAUGCCCCUGCCUUAGCCACUGCUGAUAUCGGUAUUUCGAUGGGGAUUUCAGGUUCUGCACUUGCUACAGAAACUGGACACGUGAUUCUCAUGUCGAACGACAUCAGGAAAGUUCCAAAAGCCAUCAAGCUGGCCAGGAAAGCUCAUAGGAAGGUGGUUGAGAAUGUUGUCUUUUCAAUCUUCACAAAGGGUUCCAUCCUCGCUUUGGCGUUUGCCGGUCACCCACUGAUCUGGGCUGCUGUUCUCGCUGAUGUUGGCACUUGUGUCAUUGUUAUCCUCAACAGUAUGUUGCUCCUAAGGGAGAGCCAUAAACAUACUGCACGUCACAGCCACAACCAUGCUGCAACACACAGCCACAAAGACAAUCAUAAGGAAAAGAAAUGCUGCUCGAAUCGCAAUACUGAAAAGGCAUGCCACUCUGAAAAGACUAAAUGUUGUGGACCAAAGAGCCAGGCUAACCUUCAUACAGCAAAAUCUUGCGAAGAUGCUAAGUGCAUGAAAUCAACAACCUGUGGUGGUAAGAAUGCAACUGAAGAUUUGGAGCACUGUCAUGAAGUGCAGACAAACAGUCAUCACAAACAUGGGUGUUCAGGAGCACAUGAGCCAACCCCGUGCACUGGCACAGGGCAUUAUGAGUCUGAAAAGGCAUGCCACUCUCAGAAGACUCAAUGCUGCACAUCAAAGAACCAGCCUAACCUUCAUACAACACAAUCUUGUGAAGAUGCUAAGUGCAUGAAAUCAACAAGCUGUGGAGAUAAGAAUGCAACAGAAGAUUUGGAGCAAUGUCAUGAAGUGCAGACGAACAGUCACCACAAUCAUGGGUGUUCAGCACAAAAGCUAACCCCGUGCACUGGCACAGGGCAUCAUGAGUCUGAAAAGGCAUGCCACUCUCAGAAGACUCAAUGCUGUACAUCAAAGAGCCAGCCUAGCCUUCAUACAGCACAAUCUAGUGAAGACUCUAAGUGUGCUAAAUCGGAUGGUUGUGGAGGGAAUGAUGCAACUAAAGGUUCUAUGCACCACCAUGGGUCUUCAAGUUCUCACGAGCCAAGCUUAACUACUUGCACGGGGCAUCAUGAGAGUGAAAUUUCAGUAGAAAUACAUGGAAGCUGUCGGAGAAAGGACGCCCUGCUUGAGCCAACACACUGCCAUACUGCACAUUGCCAGGCGGUUACUCGUGAUGGCAGUGAUCUCAAUGAGUCUGCUGGUGAUCUGGAAAAGGGUGAAGCCACAGCCAUCCAUGGGGAUUGCCACUUCAUCCAUUGUGAUCAUGUUGACAUUAAUAGGAACGAUGUUCCAUUACAGAAAAAGAGCACUGCAGCAUCCAAUUGUUACAGCACAGAAGUCAAACCUUCCCUGGGUUGCUGUAACAGCAACAGAAACCCUUCUGAGAGCAUCCAUUGCAGACAACUCAGUUCUUGCCAUGAUGCGAUUUCAAACACCCAUCAUUGCUGGAGCUCAGAGCAGAGGGAGAUUGACAGCUGCUGCAAGAGCUACAUGAGAGAAUGUUGCAGGAGAAAUGGGCAUUUUUCUACUGGCUUAGGUGGUGGUUUAUCUGAAAUAGUCAUAGAAUAG